AGGUAUAUUGUAUAUACCUGGCGCACUCAAGCGCGGAGCUCAGGUAGACUUUGUUAUUCGUAAGGGGGGCAAUUUAUACUCUCUGCGUGGUUUGCAUUGUAGGGUAAUUAGCCUGAUAAUGGAACUAAGCGGAUUCAACUCUACGAAAUUACUACGAUUUACAAGUGACAAAAUAGUUUUGAAUGUUUGCAUGUGUUGAACAUUCGGUUGUUCGGAGAAAAGAAAAUUGCAGUCAUAGAAGGAAGGUGUCCUUGGAAAUUCAGAUAAAAACAUUUUUCAACUGUGGAUUUCAAUUUUAAAAAGUCGUGAAAUUAUUUUUGUCUUUAAAUGUUCGGGAGAAAAUUUAGAUUAUACGCCAGGCUUUUCGAGUUUUGAUUGGAGUAUUCAAAUAAUUAUUUCACGGGUAUUUCAACUUGUGUAUUGGACGAAAAGCGAGUAAUUAGAGAUUUUUUCCCCAGUAGAGGAUUUUCACCUGCCGUGGAAAUUAACUUUAUGGAGGAAUAACUGACAUUGUCUACAGUCGGUUCAGGAAUUGAUUUUUCUUUACCAGGAAUUCAUAGCGUUUGGAAAUCGAUUUGACCUUUUUUCUGAAUGAACAGGAAAUAUCUCACAGGAUAUAACCUUUAAAAUGUUGCCAAGCUUGGAAUGAUACCCACCGUAGCCUCGUUAUGGUCAGUUCACAAACGUCUCAAGGUCACCUAGAGCAGAACUCGACAAUGUGUGAAGUGAGUGAAUCGAAUCAAGAUAUCCGGGAUCCUCCUCGAAUUUUUGGCAAACCGCCGGCAGGACUACAUCGACCUGUGCAAGACAAUGAAAAUGAACCCGUUUCUUCACGUACCAAAGGCGACCUCACCAAAUUAACAGUGUCUCCUCGUGUCGAGCUAAUGUUAAACAAUGAACUUUUCAAGAAAUACCUCAGCAGACACGGUAAUUUAUUAGAAAAGAUGGCUCAUAGACAAGGACGUAGCAGAGGGACUUUAAAGAAAGCGUUUUCCAACCUUGAUCUUUCCAAAAUUGACCUCGAGGAGGAACUUCAGUCUACUGAUAAAAUGAACAGGUCGUUGAAACUGAAAACAGACGGUAAACAGAACGAGGUAACUGGAAAAGAUUCAGUCAGCGUAUGCUCCUUGCCCUCCCAAAAUCCAGCAACAAUAAGAACGAAAAGGUCACAGUCACUUACCGGAACUAAUGAUCCUCAUUUUAAUGAGCUUCAACAAGCGUUGAAAAUAGAUGAGGAAACAGCAAAUGCUCGGUCAAAAUCAAGAAGGUCAAAGUUCUUUAUGCCAAGUUUUGAAGAAUUCAAAAAAUCAAGAAAAGAAAAAUUAAAAAAGGGACAAGAAUAUGUAAAGGAUGUGUUACGAAACAAGGAAAACAUUCCCCAUUCUUUUAUAACCAAUCUAAACAAGUGUGCAACCACUGUGACUUCCUCUCGAAAAUUGCCGAAGGAACCAGUCGCGAAAGAAAGCACUACGCAAAAAGGAAUUGUUGUCGAGGAUGCUUUGAAAAAAGAAACAGAGGUGGAGACAUUCUCAAAAACUCUUCAACAACCAACAUCACAUGAAAGAUUCCACAGAAAAUUGCCAAAUUUAGAAAAUUUGUCAGUAAUUAGUAACAAGUCUAGUCAACAGAACUGUGAUGUGUCUGACUCCCAUGGGAAGUCUGAAGAAAACCAAAGAAUUGAUGAUACCCAUUUAACACAAUCAACUUCUAGAAAAGAAAGGUUGAAAGGUAGUGAAUCAUUUUGCACAAGAUCACCUGAGGUUUCCAUUUGCUCACCGAGGCGUUCCAAAAGUUUGAAAACGAAAGGAAAAGAUUUCAAGUUAGAUUGUCCAAAGUCCAACACCGAAGAUGUUGAUCCUCUCGAACUUUCUACGGAUGGAAAUACUGUGUAUGCUACUUUAAACAUAUUUUCAACGGAUAUGGACUUAGCAGCACAUACUACAGACACCGAAGACGAUGAUGAACAUCUUAAAGAUUCUCCAAAUGAUUGUCAGACCGCAAAUCAUUGUGACUGCUGUGUUAGAAAAAAGCAUCAUAACUGUUAUGAAGAUCUCUCUCUAAAAGAUGCUAAUGUACUGAAUUCAAAAACAGGAUCUAGUCCUUAUGGUAACAAGGCUCCAAACAGAGAUUUGCAACAUGGGGAGACUGAAAGUGGUAAUGGUCGAAUUAUUCUCCGAGCAACACGAAAACGCAAACUCCUAAGCAAGCAAAGAAAACCGAAAACAGACGGGAUUAACACAGGUCUUUCAACAGUCAGAACAUGGCCGAAACUUUGUUCAGUCCAAUCCGUCGACACAGUGACACGGAUUCAUGUGAAGAAAGCGGAGAAGCCUCCUUCGAUACACAUACCACUGAAUAGGUCCCAAAGUUGUGAAGUGUUCAAUUUCAACAAUUUUAGUCCUUUCUCCCCUGGAACGUUUUCGUUUCCAAAUAGUCCGAGCGAAAUAGCCUCAUUCAGUUUUCCAUCUACGGAUAGCUCUAAUCCUGGUUCGGAGAUCGACAUGUCCACAAUUGAACAAGAGAAAAUAUGCACAGCCAUAGAGAGAACCAACUCAUUUCAAUCAGAUUCAAAGCUCUUUGUGUCUCGAUCAACUUCUGACGUCACCACAGAUUCUCAAAGAAAAAGGCGAGAACGGAAACCCCGUCCUUAUAAAAGCGACCCCUUUAACGGUUCAACUAAGUUGAUAGAUGCCAAACUGUCCCAAAACUUAGUGAGGAAUAACUUCAUCUCAUCAAAAGAUUCGGAUGACAGAGACUAUUUGUCACUAGAGGAUGUUGAAGAGGAGAGGAAUCUUUUCGGAGCUAAGCCUUACCAUGAAAAUAGUCAUCGUCUGAGUAACAUAAGUGACGUCAGCACGGACAGUGGUGUCAUUGGACCGGACAGUAUCCCUGAUGCCCCACCAAGUCCAUCCAGUAGUAUCUUUAGUCAAACUAGUCUGUUCGGGGGUUCAGAGGGACAAACGUGUACCGACAUAGACGAGAAGAAUUUUGGAGACUCGGAAUAUAACCAAGAAAAACACGAAAAAGAACGUAAAGAAACCAUUCUGGAGAUAAGAGACACAGAGAUCAAUUAUGGUAGAGACCUGAAAAUCCUAAAAGAGGAGUUUUACAAACCGAUGAAAAACAAUGGUCUUUUGACGUCUGAGCAGCUAGAAGAUAUUUUUCAAAACCUGGAAGACCUAAUCGAGGUCAACAAGCAGUUUACUGAUCGUCUGCAUCAGACAGUGGAGGCCGCACUGGUAGCAGGCGACGAGCUUCUCACCACAGUUGUCAUUGGCGACUUGUUUUUAAAAUCGACCAACUUAAUCUACACAUUUGAACACUACUGUGUGAAUCAGAGCCAGGCGACGAUUCUACUGGAGCAACUAGAGAGAGAAAAAGACAUAUUGAGAAUAUUUUUGCAAGUGUGCCAAGAUGAACAUCCAAUUCUGAGGAGAAUGCAUUUAAAAUCGUUCUUGAUGGUUCCAGUGCAAAGAAUAAUGAAAUACCCGUUAUUGUUGGAGCGCUUGUACAGAGCUACGUCUUCAAAUCACCAUGACAAAGAUGCAAUACUGAACGCAAAGAACAAAAUUGAGAAAAUCCUGGAACAGAUCAACUCGAGAACACGAACGGCUAGUCAAGUUCGAUUGGCAAAAAGAAAGUCUGCGGAUAAAAAAUACACCGUGACAGAGAAAAUAGAAGUGACAAGGAUUGCGAUGGAGUUAUUGGGUUGGCACAAGCAGGAUGUGUGCGAUAUUUUGACAAGUCAGAUGCAAGUGGCACCAUUAUUAAAUGAUCAAAACUGGGCAUCAAAGCGCCUGCGCAACAUUAAGUUUACUUCUGUUCACGCAGUGCUGUUGACACUUGGACAGGGAGAACUUCUCCACGCAGAAGAGGAAUGUUUGUUGUUUCCAAAGAGAAGUCAAGUGAUUCAAGCUGCUAUAGUUUUGAUCAAGGAGAAAAAUGGAAAAUUCCAAACGUUUCGAGAACCAUUUCUACUGAAUCGCUGUAUCAUAAAUGUAGACAAAGAUAUGGAAGACAUUUUUGAAGUCAUGGAACUCAAUAAAGAAUCCUGUUUGUUUAAGAGUGAAGAUUCCAACCUUUUCAAAUUGUGGCUCCAGAACAUAAAACAACAGACGUUCGACUUGGGGACAUGGAGAAAGCGUAGAAACGCACUACCGAACAUUAUGAUUAAGCACUUGGUAUGAACCCAGUGACAAAGUCAUUCAAGGGUUCACAUUUUGCGGUCGUAUUCUUGCACCGUAAACUUGUUGCACAUACGAUGUGUGAUAGUGCAAUAGAAAUGCAUGCAUUGCAACCAUUCCCUGCUUAAGUACGCAGCAAACAGAUUUCCACAGGGAAGCGUCGCAGUUCUGUAUAACUGUAGAGAGGUGGGCGCCGCAGACGACAGGUGCGAUUUUUGGUGUGAACACCUGCAAUCAGAGCGCACAUGCUACAGACAACCUCUGAUAUUGACGAGUUAGCACAGAUAAUAAUGCUUAGUUCUCCACUAACUAGGUGUUAAUUGCGACUGAAUUUGGUUGACCUUUUUCUGUAUUCCCAAGUGCCAUUUGACCUGUGAUAUUGAUUCGAUUUGCUUUGGACAAUCAAUUGGUAAAUACAUGCUAAUAUUGAAAUCUCUACCUAAGAGUAAAAAUUAAAAGUUUUGCAUUUUCUCUAGGUAAAUCAUUUUCAUUGUUUUACUAACUGAAAACCGUGUUUAAGAACUAGGUUUGUUGGAUGAAUGGGGCACCUGCGCUCUCAAUGUUUCAUAAGAUAUGACUGUGAUAUUCUGUAAAGAUGAUACUGAAAUCGAUACAGAAGUGUGAAACUUUAAUAUAUGAAUUAUAGUUUUAUAUUUACUCUCUUUAAACAUUUGCAUUGUUGUACACUGUGUUUACAAACUACAUUUGUUGGAUGUUUGGGGCACCUGUGCUCUCAAUGCUUUAUAAAACAUGACUGUGAUAUUCUGUUAUUGUAUAGAUAUUUCGUUAUUUGGUGCUUUUGGUAUUUUUAAAAAAAUAUUAAUACUUGUUACAUGAUAUGUUUAAAAAAUAUCUCACGUGGUUGUUAACAAAUUGUCAAGAUAAUGUGUUUGCAUAUACUAAUACUAUUAUAGGUUCGCCAACAAUUGCAUUUGCAUGAUAAGUUGAGAAAAUCGUUCAUUUGAUUUUUAGCUCCUCUCAUUUCUAAAAAAUAUCAUCGUAUAGAUGAAAGAAAAACGAAACGUUAAACUAGAUAAUCUCUAGUUGAUAUUUUACUCACAUUCUUCAAAACGUCUGUUCACAUCGAAGUUUUAAAAAAAUCGAUCUUAUGUAAGGAGAUUAACAUGUGAAUUUUAAGUAAUUUGACCAAAAAUCCAUGCCUUUUUUCUGCAAAUUCUGUUAAGGAAAUUUUGCCAUUGUUUUCUUUAUACGCAUCGCUUUAAAAUAUCUAUAUAGAUGUUGUUUUGUUUCGUUUGGAUUCCAAGGCAAUAAGACGACGGUUUAUUAAAAAAUACCAUACGUUGCCCGAAAACCUGUACGCAUCCUAUUGAUCGCUUAUAGCGGAUAUGAACAAGAUUGGAUUGACAAGGAACAAUUCCCCAGAGACCAACCUGCUAUAAAAUCAAAUAACGUUGGGUCAAUGUUUAUCAAUGCUAACAUAUGAUUUUCUGUAUGAAAUGUAAUUUGCAUUGUUACAAAAAUAUUCAUGUUAUGCCAUUAGUGUAAGAAUAAUAUCGUGGAGGCAAAACUUUCUUGUGAACAGUCGAUUCAAUGUGGUAAUGAACAUGUAACAAAAUUUGUGCGCACAUUCACAGUACAGAAAUAUUUGCUCAUUUAGUGAGAAAUAAAUGCAAAAUACAUA